GGGACUUUAAUACCGUGAUCGUAACAGAAACGAAUUCUAUUCCGUCCACGUGAAACCAGUCGUAAAUUCACAGUAGUUGUUUCCAUUGUCAAAAAGUUUUGUUGCGUGCAUCGUAACUGCGCGCGUGGCCGUUCGAGGAAGAAGACUUUUGUGCCUUCCACGCCUGGCACCGCCACUCUAUCAUGAUCAAAUUAUUUUCAUUAAAACAGGCGAAAAAGGAUGGCGAGUCACCCAAAGCUGGCACCCAAAAAAAAGCAUCUGCAGCGCAACUGAGAAUCACAAAAGAUAUAAAUGAACUUAAUCUUCCAAAAACAUGUGGGACAGAGUUUCCUGAUCCAGAUGAUCUUCUUAGCUUUAAGCUAAUUAUUUGUCCAGAUGAGGGAUUUUAUAGAGGUGGUAGAUUUGUUUUCAGUUUCAAAGUUGGACCAAAUUAUCCACAUGAACCACCUAAAGUAAAAUGUGAAACACAAGUUUAUCAUCCUAAUAUUGAUUUAGAUGGCAAUGUGUGUUUGAAUAUUUUAAGAGAAGAUUGGAAACCAGUCCUUACAAUUAAUUCUAUUGUUUAUGGAUUACAAUAUCUUUUUUUGGAACCAAAUCCAGAAGAUCCAUUGAAUAAAGAUGCUGCAGAAGUCCUUCAAAAUAAUAGGAGAGCAUUUGAGCAGAAUGUAGCAAAAGCAAUGAGAGGUGGCUAUGUCGGCGCGUUUUAUUUCGAACGGUGUCUCAAGUGACAUUAACAUUCACUUUAUCCGAGGACACAAUGAGGAAAGAGGUCGAGAGUAGAACUUCUUCGUGCUCUAAAUGUGUUCCUCUCGUCCAUUUGUUUAAACGGGCCUCUCUGCGUCUUUACGAGUGCUUCGAACCUUUGGUCAAUAAACCAUUGGUAAAAAUGCCACCGAUGCGCUAUUUUUUCGGAGUUGUGGGAUACUUACUUUUCCUUUCUUUUUUUUUCUCUCUCAAAUAUAAUAAAGAAAUGAAAUUGCAUUUACGUUUGCAAGUUUUUUAUUUAAUUAAUAAUUUAUUGGCAAAUAUAAAUAAAAUAUAAAACGUUAAAAGUUUUUAAGAGAAAUCUAUAAAUGAUCUAUAAAUUUUUACUACUUUAUUAAAUAUUUUUCUUACAAGUUUAAAAAACAAAAAUGUAUAAUUAAAAUUGUCGCAACUUUGUAAAAAUAUACUAUUAAUAUAAUUUUCCAAUUUUGAUUAAAAAUUUCAUUAUAAGUAUGUACUUAUAACCGAAUUAUUCUAAACUAUAACUCUUAUCUAACAAAAAUGUAUAUAUGAUAUGUGUAUAUGAAACUGCAAACGUAUCUAUAAUUUCAACAUGCAGCUCCUCGUAUAAGUAUAUCUCCGCCCUGAGAGUUAUUUCGCAGGAUAUGAAUUAUUUUCCAUAAACGGAUAUAUGUAUAUAUAUCCUGCCAAAAUCUUCAUUUGAAAACACAUAACUUAACUUAUGUAUCGAUCGAAAGUGGAAUAUAAGGCUGUUAAUGAGAAAA